AAUUAAUAAGGUUGCCUUUUGUUCAGUAGAAUCUUUAGUAAAGGAAUUCUGCUUUGUCUAAGUACUUGUAGUUUGAUUUUUUUAUAAAUGUGAUGUAGAAAUCAAUAUCUGUUAGCAUAACAACUACGUGAGAAUUGUCAUGGGUGAAAGGAAAGGAAUUUGCCUGGUUUUAUGUGUGCUUUCCUACUUGACAGGAACUAUUUUAGCAACAGUGCAGACAAAAGCACAACAAGGACAAUAUGCUUAUAACACGACAGAAGGCUAUAAUUCUGCAGUCGCCUGCACGGACAGUGGUCAGAAUACAGAUAGAUGCGCCAAAGCUGGUCAGCGUUGUCAUUGUGAAGAAAACCGUUACGAAAUGUACACAUAUUGCAAAAGAUCCUGUGGGUAUUGCGGAGUUGAAAGAUUACCCCAACGCUUUUGGCGCGUCGUGAACUGGGCACCACUAAACAGAACCUGGUUCGUAAGCGAAAUCCAGUUCUUCAAAAGCAAACAUGACAAGAAACCGCUGGUUACAAACAACCCAGCCAGUGCUAUAGCAAGUUCCACAUACCUAUCCUUCCCAGCAAGCCAAGCGUUCGACGGUAACCGGGACACCGCUUGGUUACCUGAUGGCUGGUGGGAGCGCAUAGCUGGUGGGGACUGGAUCGGGUAUGAUUUCCCAGCACCAGUUGAUAUCAACGCCGUGCGAAUCAUCUCAGACUACAACGAUUCGUCGGAUGUUUCCGCAAAGAUUCUCGUUGAAGCAGGUCCAACUGCUUUUGGACCAUUUCAAACAAAAUGGAUGAGUAUGAACGCCGACAGAAAACCUGACAUGAGGUUUACUAAUCCAAGAUGCCCGUUGUUCUGGAAGCGUUUCAUGACGGAUAAACAUGCGUUUUGCUAUAAACUCGUCACAGAAUAUCUUAGUUGGUCUGAAGCCAGGGAUAAAUGUGGUUCAUACGGCGGAGAUCUUGUCAGUAUUACGACUCAUGAGGAACAAGUGUUUGUACAGCAAGAGCUUCUUGCUUGUGGUUUUACUUGGUUGGGGAUGAAUGACCGCGAGAAAGAAGGAGUGUUUAAGAAUAGCGACGGUACAAACAGUUCGUUCUUUUACUGGGCGAACGAUAUCGAAUCUGACGAUAGAAUGAACGAUAAUGAAGAUUGUGUUGCAAUGCAGACGAAAGGGGAAUGGAGGACUUUCCAUUGUGAAAACAAGUUCUAUUUCUUUUGCAAGAAGAGGAUCAUGACUGACAACGACAAAAUAGUCCCACCAAACACAGUCCACAGAGCAACUGAGCAUGUCAAUCAAACACUACCGGACGGUGUACCUCCCCCGGAAACACCCCUCCCACCGGACGUCGCCUACCCCCCGGGUGUCACUCCCCCACCUCCUCCACCAUAUCCCUACGCAUACCCUACAAAAACCCCACCAAUCACCAAACAACCAUCAUCAGCACAAGGAGUCUUUCAUCAAAUGCUGAAAAAUCUCGGCCUUGGCCAAAUUGCUCAAAAGAUUUUCCAUCCGAAAGGUAAGGCGAAAUCUGCUGAUACAGCAUCUAAAACUGCCAAGACAAUUGCGUCAAAAGUUGGACCUGCGUCUGAGACUCCUGCACCCGAUCAGCCUGCCGUAGGAACCCAACCAGCAGCGGGUGGUGCUGUACCACAAUCUGCAACAGGCACUCAGCCUGCAGCGGGCGUACAACAAGCAGCGGAGGCACAGCCCGAUGCGGGCACACAAGCCGCUGCAGGCACACAGCCCGAUGCUGCGGGAACAAAACCUGUCGUUAACACACAGCCUGCCGUUGGCACACAGCCUGCCGUUGGCACACAGCCUGCAUCUGAUGCGGCUCCUCCACUGGCCGACGUCGAGGCACCAUCCCCAGUCGUAGCGCCUGUUCCACAACCAAAGAAACCCACUCAUCAUGAGAAGAAGUUGAGAAGGAAACAUCAUCACAAGGCUUUUCAUGGCACUUUUAAAUCGAAAAAAGCGAAGAAACUCAGCCACUCAGCGAAGAAGAAGAAGGCAGCGACGAGCAAGACAGCAGCAAAAGCUGAGAAACACGAGGAUGAGAAGAAGGUCGACGUUGAGAUGGACGAUGAUUUCCUAGACAUGGUCACAAGAUCCAACAUUCCACGACCUGAAGUUUCCGAGAAACAAUUAAAAUCAGAUUUCAAGAACGGGGAAAAGCACGAAGUUGAAGGAGAUAGAUAGAUAACGAUAUAGGAAAGUACUUUUUUGCUAGUAAUCAUUAAACUGUUCUACGACGAGAUCUGAUUCGCCCCCUGAGGAAUGAGAUAUAAGAUCUUAUAGUGGGAAGAUGCGAAGAUAUGAAAAACUAUAAUGAUUCCUAUUUUGUAAAAUAUCAUGGAUACCGCAGUUUGGUGAACGAAUAUGUACUGGUUUAAACCAAGUUACAGAAUACACGUGAGAUUUCACGGACUAACACUUUCAUGCGUGUUCGUUGGACUUAACUGAGCAAGAAUUAAAUACGACCAAAUCCUAAAUGAAUAUCCUAUAAACAAAUCCAAACAAAUCUUAACUUAUUUGUAUAAAAUGGUAAUCGUUUAUGGAAUAUGUUGUCUGAAAGGUGACAAAACGGUUUUUCUUCCAAUAAUAACGAGAGACGAAAAGGUCUUGUAGGUAUUUUUUAUCUCUCGUUAUCAUUCAUAAGAAAUUACCUUUCAGACAAUAUAUGCCAGUUUAUUUCAAACCACUUUUGUACUGAUAAAUUGAGCAAGAAUUAAAAGAACAAAACGUUUCA